AUGGACUCAGACUUCAGCACAGAGGAGGAGGAAUCAUCAAUGCAUUCAUUAACUGAAGUCGAUGACGACAGUGACCAUCAAUCCACCGAAGAGCAACACAGCUUCUCAGUGCAAGUGGAGACCAGAGUGUUUAAGGUGCAGGUGCAAGUGCGGACUCCAGACCCCAACUUAAAAGUUCAUGUCCACUCCCAGACGGCUGAUGUGAAGGUCCAGCUCAAACCCUCAUGCCUCACAGAGCAGGAUGGCCAUGCGACAUUCCUGGCUGUGCAUAGGAAGAACCCUGUUCAAGUGGAGAUUAACAUAAACCCUGAGCACCAAGAACAUACCGAUGCUCUGGAAGACAUUGUUGAUUCUGCGGAGAGAACGGACAAAAGUAAAAAACAACAAAUCCAGGCACUGUUGGAAAGACUCAAUCUAAACGAUAGACUUGAGCAUAAACUGACCUCUGCUGAGCUUCUCCAAAUUGGAUCAGUUCUGAAACACAACGAAGACUUAUCAGAAAGAAAACUCUUCUCUGUUUAUCUGCACCAACUGUUGAUGUUAGACUACAGGGCCAGGUAUGUUUGGACUAAAGAAAAAGGUGUAACAGUGUCAAACAGUUCGCCAGACUUACACCCUCUGGACAUCCAGAUGGCAGUGUUCCACUGCUCAGACAGCUUUCUAAAGCAGAAGAUGGUCACAAAACUGUCCCAGUGUCAGUACGCCUUACCUCUGCUGGUGCCCGAGCCCUUCACUGGGGACAUCCAGUGUCCUCUGUGGACAUUCAGACAGAUUCAAAAAGCCAAAGUUGGAACAAUGAUGUCAGUCCCUAUCUGCAAAGCACACACACCGAUGGUGUUUUGUUUCCGUUUAGGCUUUCUGUCUGUGUCCAAAUCUCAGCUCAUUAACACCUUGCUUGAUGACCACCACAGCACCUUCUUCCAAAGAGAUUGUCCUGGCAGCCUCACCAAAAGUCACCUUCUGAUUGAUGGUGUAGCAGAGAUCACAUGGUGCUAUCCAGCUGGAAAACCCACCGACAUCUGUGGUAAACUGUUGCAGGAUUGGUGCAGAAUAAACAAAGAACAGUAUCGUCUUUGUGGAGAUAUUGAGAAAGAAAAAUGCAAAAAGCAGAAUGAGCUGCAGAAGAUACGAGAAGAUCAGUGCCAAGCUUCCAAAAGUGACCUGAUACAGAUCUUUGUCAGACACCUCUCAUCAUUGUCUCCCACAGAGAGAGAGUAUUUCCUCACAUGGACACAGAUUCUAAUGGACACCCAUGCCAUAGAAAACAUGUCUUCAGUUCAGCAGAAAUAUCAACAGACAUGGACUGAGUUCUUGGCCUUGAAGAAAGCAGCUGAUAGAUCUUCUGAUUUAAAAUGUAAGCAAGCAGAACUUGGACAAAUAUCUUCCAACCUUCAGUCUGUCAUGUACGGCCUGGAACACAUCUUCAGAGAGAUGGAACAAAUCUAUGAAGCUCAUAAGUCUCUGUCUAAACCCCCAAAGAUGGAGCCAGACUGGUCUAAAUACCCCGAGCUGGCAGCAGAGCUGAUGAUAUCAGGACAUCCAAUGGAGCUGAUGGAUGGAGAUGCUGGCCAUGUCCCUUUAAUUUGGAUCUCAAGUCUCAUUGAUCAAAUAAUCUACAAACUAGGGGACAAGAGAGUCUUUGUUUUGUCAGUUUUGGGUAUACAGGGCAGUGGGAAGACGACUAUGCUCAAUGCAAUGUUUGGUCUCCAGUUUGCCGUCAGCGCAGGUAGAAGCACCAGAGGGGCCUUCAUGCAGCUCGUCAAACUGUCAGAAGAGAUCAGGAAAGAUUUUGAGUGGGACUACAUACUUGUGGUGGACACUGAAGGGCUUCAAACUCUACAGCAGGAUGGAAAUGCAACUAUUCAACGUGACAAUGAAUUGGCAACAUUUGUCGUUGGUGUGGGGAAUAUGACUCUGGUGAACAUUUCUGGAGAAAAUCCGUCUGAGAUGCAAGAUGUUCUGCAGAUUGUGGUACAGGCUUUCAUGAGGAUGAAAAAAGUCAAACUCUCACCAAGUUGUGCUUUUGUUUAUAAUAAAAUAACAGAUGUUGAAGCAGCAAGAGAAAACAUGGUUACAAAGAAGACGCUGCAAGAAACCCUGGACCAGAUUGUCAAACUUGCUGCCAAAGAAGAGGUUUGCGAUGCUCAACGUUUCAGUGACAUCAUAGACUUUGAUGUUGACAAAGAUGUGAACGUCUUCAAAGGAGAGUCCGCAGCGGUGGUUCUUGCAGAAGUGAUCUGUGAGAAACUGAAGGCCUCCAUGACUGAGACGGUGUGUAACAGAACUGCCAUUGAUAUAGCAGAAGAGAUGAAGAACAGCUACCCAGCAUUCAAUAAAAGCAGGUUGAACUUGGAGAAAUAUGUGCUGAGAUCUCUGGCAGAGAAAGGUGAUUUUAACAGAUACAUGGCGUACAUAGAGAACCCAAAGGCACACAUUGAACUCUUCAUCAAGGAGGAAGUGCAGGGAUAUAUACAGAGAGAGAAAAAAGCUCCCGUUCUUCUCAAGAAAAAUGUUGAGGAGAUCAGCAAUCUGGUCAGAAUAGCUUUACACCAGGCUACCGAAAAUGUGAAGGAAGGAAAUGUAGAAAAAUGGCUGCAAGAGUUUCACAGUUUUUUGAGAGACAAACUCAAUUUACAGAUUCUAUCUCAUAACAGUGGUGGCGUUACAAAUCACAGCUUUCUUAGAGACGCCAUAGAGAAACGUCUUACUCCUAUUACCGAGCAGCUCAAGAGCCUCCCACUGGAUCAAAUGAAUGAGUACCGCCUGCAGCCGGAGGAGAUCCUGAUAGAUCAGCUUUGCAACUGUUGUUGGGAAACGUGUCCUUUCUGUGCCGCUGUCUGCACCAACACGGUAAAGAACCACCACCCUGAGAAACACAGCGUGCUAAUUCACCGGCCCACAGGGAUCGAAGGGUGGCAUAUUCGAGGAACACUGGAAAUGGUCAUUGAUUUUUGCCCAACACUUGCUGCCAGUGACAAGAAAUUCCGCCCUCAAGGCUUCCAAGAUGUGGCUAUUCCUUACAAACAAUAUCAAAGAGCUGGUGGGGCCUAUGCAGAUUGGUCGAUCACUCCUGAUGGGUCAAAGCUGGUCUACUGGAAAUGGUUUAUCUGUCACUUUCAGAAAGAACUGGAGGAGUACCACAAGUUGAAGUUUGUGGGUCAAGGAGAGAUCCCCAUAGAUUGGAGGAAGUACAGUCGAGAGCAGGCAAUAGAGAGUUUGGAGGAAAUAUACAUUUAG